AUGGGGCUGGUACUAAGGCAGAAGCCACACAAGUCAAGCCUUGAAAUUCACGGCGAUGACAAUGAGAUUUUGAGAGUUUUGAAUGCGCACAGACAUUCUAAAAUAUUAUGCGAUGUCAAGUUGAUGGUAGAUGGUCAAGAAUUUCCAGCUCAUAAAGGAGUUCUCGCGGCUAAUAGCAACUUCUUUCUAGCCAUGUUUACAACGGAAAUGAUGGAGAAAGACAAAACAACCGUCAGUGUGGAGAGUGUUAGCGCAGCGGCCAUGGAAAGGCUUCUAGAAUACAUGUACACUGGACAGAUUCAGAUCCACGUUGAAAAUGUUCUUGAGUUGUUAGAAGCGUCCAAUUUUCUUUUCAUGGAAAAAGUGAAGGGAGCCUGUUGUCAGUUCCUAGAGAGCAUCAUGGACGUUGAAAAUUGUUUGGCAAUUUUCUCGAUUGCUGAUGUUUAUUCCUGUUAUGGCCUGCGUGGGGCUGUCAUGCAAUACAUUAACCAAACGUUUACCGAACUUGCUAAAUCAGAAACGUUUUUGAAGCUAGGCAAGAAAGAUGUCAUUAGGUUUUUGUCAAGUGAUGACAUUCAGAUUGAAAACGAAGGACAGCUACUGGAUAUCGCACUGAACUGGAUAAAUCACGACCCCGAACGUAGGGCAAGCUGCAUUAAUGACCUUCUAGAAAUGCUUCGCUUGCCCUAUAUACAUCAAUCGCACUUUCAAGUUAAAUUGGACCAAUUUAAUGAACACCAUAGGCGAGAUGGCAAGAAAAUAACAGCAUGGAAUAAUAAUACUUGGAAGACGAAUGCGAGAAAAUCCUACCGUCGCGUUGAAGUGAUUGUGGUAACAGGUGGUUGUGAUAGAGGAACCAUCCUCGACAGCGGAAUUUGUUUCAUCCCUGCUGUGCAAAAGUGGACGCAAAUACCAAACAUGCAAGUUCCUCGGUGGAGGUAAAGUUAACUUUGCUAGAUUUCUCAUUUGUUCCUUUAUUGUCAAAUUAAAGGAAGGUUCGAGUAACUCUAUUUCUGUACGUAGACGAGCAACCACGACACCCCAGAGGAAUGAGUACGAGUUUAAUAACCUCAAAUCCAAAAUUUGGGGCGGCGUAUUUUAAUAAUGUAAUAGAUUCAGCUUAUUGAAAUUAACAUACAUUAAUUCCGAAUUUUUAUUAAAAGUUGUAGUUCGCAACCUCCGUUCGACAUUCGCCUUUCGCCAUUCUCUCCUACAACCUUUUUUGAAAAAGCUGUAUAUUUAAACAAAUUUGCCUAAUAUUUCGCUUUAAAAACAAACCUUCUUUACGGGCUAAAAGGAAAAUGAAGAUAAAACUAAAAGUCGGUCUUUAAAAUAAAAGUUUGAAAAUAUGAAAUAAGAACAAUAGAUAGUCAUUGGUGUAGGAGACUAGGUAGUAUCGCAUAUCAACGAGCUUCGUCACGUCAAUUCAGUAAUUAUUCCUAGAGGAGAUAAUGUGUUCCCUUUGUGUAUUAAAUGAGCCUCCCUAGCCUUUCUGACUGCGUCACGGUUGCUGCGUAUAAGUUCAAGUGGAGGGGAGGGGGCCGGACAAUACCCACUGACAAGCGUAAGCCUAGAUUACUGCAUUGAAAGUUGUGAAAUACAAAAAAAAUUCUCUGGAGUAGUCUCUCCCCCCUCCCUGACCUGACUGGAGGCUGAAAAUUUAAAAGCUCAAUAUAAUGAACUAAGAGAGUUAUGUCAUUUCUUAAUCCAUCGUUGUUUGUUUCCUUCCUUUAAAGGCAUCAAAUGGUGGCCUCAAACGACCACAUAUUUGCCAUCGGUGGACUGAGAGAUGUUUGUAUCAAGGGUCCUGUGAUUCCUUUCGCAGAGACAUUCAAUGGUGAAACCAACUCAUGGGCCCGUGUCACACACCAGCCAGCCAUACAUGACGUGGAAUUUGACUCAUUCUGUGCAGCCUCCAUUGAGAGCGGAGUGUUACUGGUGGGAGGAGUGGACCUCAGAACAAACCGCUGUACUUCCCGGGUCUCCUGUGUUCAAUUCAAUGAUGGCUGUUCAAACGUUUCACAGUUGUCACCGCUGAUAUUUCCCAGAGCUGGGCAUUGCCUUGUGACGUCAGGAGAACGCGCGUUUGCCAUUGGUGGAUUUCAAACUCCAUAUACACAUGGUAGACCAGACGGAAUUAGAAGUGUUGAAAGCUAUGAUAUACGGCAAGGUUAGAUUUUUAUACAUUACAGUCAGCGUUUUUUUUUGUAUAACAGGGGCGUGGCCAGGAUUUUUCCUCUGGUACGCACAAUUAAAGGAUUGAUGGUGAUCCCGAGGUGAGAACAACGCGUUCGAGCUUGCUAUCUGCGCACCAUUGUCCCACUUUCUCUCUAAACAGAUCAUUUUAUGAAUCAUGUCACUUCGCUAGAAACCAACAUUCAGAUGUGGAAAAAAGUAUGUUAUUAAGCUGAAACAUAUUUUAAAGAAACACUCAGGGUUAAAUGAGUUGAGUCAAACUUUGCUGUUUAAAAUAAUUUUCUUUUAUAUUAAAAGGCGUAUUGUUAUCAUCAUCAUUAUUGUUAUUACUGUUAUCUCUUUUAUUUUAUUAUUGUUAUUAUUAUUAUCUUCGACUUAUUCAGCUACGCCCCUGUAUAACACAUGCGUACCAAGCCAAAGAAUUGCAAAAAAAGUGUUGCUACCUUUCCUUAGCCUCGAAUUUACCACAAUUUGUUCUGAUGGCGCAUGGCAGACUGGCCAAACAGAAAACGAUGAAAAAAUAUCUCUUGGUGGUCUGCCAGAGUUAUGGAAGACACUCAUUGGUUUUGUACCUGUACCUUUCAAAAUUAUGUCGAACAUUCAGCUUUCUCUCAACCAAACAAACCACCUCCCUUUGGUUUUUGAUCGGCCGGGACUACAAGCUAGUUUUUUUAUUAGUUUUCUGUUUGUUUCUUAGAUGUUUGGAUUUGUGUUCAACCCAUGAAUGAACCGCGUCACUCUGCCGCUGCAGUAUCAUUGAAUGAUCAAAUCUUCAUCUGUGGGGGCUGUGAUGGAGAAAACGUGUUACAGUCAUGUGAAGUGUACGACACAAAACUCAACAAGUGGCAACACCUUCCUCCAAUGAAGAGCUCCCGGAUGAGACAUUCUGCCGUGGUGCAUGCCGGUAAGGUUUACGUAUUUGGAGGUGUGAGUGUUAACAGUGGAGGCAUUGCUUUGAAGUCUGUCGAAUGCUACCAUCCCGAAGAAAACCGCUGGACAAAAAUACCUGAUAUGCCAAAUGGCAGAUUAGAUCACCAGUCUCACAUUUGUAGCAUUAGAUACAAGUUCGUUUCUCAUGUUUUUGACGUGUCAUCAUGA